UCCCUCCCUCCCUCCCUCCCUCCCUCCGGUCUCCCCGCGCUCCCAUCCCGGGCCGAGGGCGGGGCGCUGUCGCGGUUCCGGGGCGGGCCGUGCCGGGCCGAUCCGUUCCGGGGGAACGGAGCACGAUGGCGGCCACCAAGCGGGUGCUGUACGUGGGCGGGCUGGCCGAGGAGGUGGACGAGAAGGUUCUGCACGCCGCCUUCAUCCCCUUCGGAGACAUCACCGACAUCCAGAUCCCGCUGGAUUACGAGACCGAAAAGCACCGGGGAUUCGCCUUCGUGGAGUUCGAGCUGGCAGAGGAUGCAGCAGCAGCUAUUGACAACAUGAACGAGUCCGAGCUCUUUGGCAGGACAAUCCGUGUGAACCUGGCCAAACCCAUGAGGAUUAAAGAAGGAUCAUCCAGGCCUGUCUGGUCAGAUGAUGAGUGGCUGAAGAAGUUUUCAGGGAAGACUUUGGAGGAGAACAAGGAGGAGGGAGGAGCAGAGGCUCCCAAAGCAGAGGCACAGGAGGAUGAGCCUCCUGCCAAGAAAUCCCGGGUCAACCCCCAGGUUUACAUGGACAUCAAGAUCGGGAACAAACCCGCGGGGCGGCUGCGGAUCCUGCUGCGCUCCGACGUGGUGCCCAUGACCGCGGAGAAUUUCCGCUGCCUCUGCACCCACGAGAAAGGAUUUGGCUUCAAAGGCAGCAGCUUCCACCGCGUCAUCCCCCAGUUCAUGUGCCAGGCUGGAGACUUCACCAACCACAACGGCACCGGCGGCAAAUCCAUCUAUGGAAAGAAGUUUGAUGAUGAAAACUUCAUCCUCAAGCACACAGGGCCAGGGAUGGUGUCCAUGGCAAACUCUGGCCCAAACACCAACGGCUCCCAGUUCUUCAUCACCUGUGACAAGACAGACUGGCUGGAUGGGAAGCACGUGGUGUUUGGGGAGGUGACCGAGGGCAUGGAUGUGGUGCGGGAGAUCGAGGCUCAGGGCACCAAAGAUGGGAAGCCAAAGCAGAAGGUGAUCAUCUCAGACUGCGGGGAGUGCCCGUGAGCUCGGUGCUUGGAGGGGCUGGAUGGAGGGACAGGGAACCAGCAGGGAUGGGACACCCCAGGGACCCCCCAGCACUGCCCAUCCUGCAGCUUCCAUAGGAAUUCCUAUUCAUAUUCCAUAGGAAUUCCCCUCCAGAUAUUCCUGUGGGCAGGAUUUAUCCUUCCUGGGAAGGAUAUCUGCUGCCUGAGCAGGGCUGGGCUGGUCCUGCUGCCGUGUUCUGGGGAAAAAAAAUAAAUUAUGUUUGGUAAAAAUAAAACCUAGUUUUAAAAAUA